AUUAAAUCAGAGAAGAAGAUUUGAAAGGAAGCGCGAUUUGAAUGCAGUGUUUUGCCUUGACAUUGAAAACAAGUUUCGGAGAAGAAGAGAACAUACAGCCCGACGGAUCAAGCCACUACACUCAUGUAGCCACCCACCGAAUAUGACUGAAAAUUCUGAUAGCGAUACGCCGCAGCGUCCGGGUCACGGUGCAGUUGAGUCUGCAGCCAGAAAUCUGGUGUCGUUGCUACUCAACACUUUGGCCACAAACAGCUCACCAAGACAGGAGACAGUGCAGCCAAGGCAGGAGACAGUGCAGCCAAGGCAGGAGACAGUGCAGCUGGCCUCUAGAAAUGUAACUGUGCAGCAAGAAAUGACAAGAUCUUUUCCAGGACAUUUCAGGUCAAAUCUCAACCGUGGUAAAAAGAGGUGUUUGACUGCCACCAAGCAUCUCUUUAAGAUAACCAACAAGACUACUGCCCUGAAUUUUUAUCUGCUCCCGAAAAAUACGUCACACACACCAUUGCCAGGAGAGGAGCUUGAGCUCCUCCAGGCAGGCAUGGGGAGACAAACGGUAACCCUUCCCGAAGAUGGUGACCACACAGAGAUUUCAAGGCUCCUGGCCGUAACAUUUCCAAAGAUGGAGGGUCUGUGUGGAGGAUGGCUCUUGCACAAGGCUACAGGUGGGAGUGGUCGACAAAAAUUAACUGUCAUUCCACCAGAAGCUGAGGGAUAUACUGCCAAAGCUCUGCGUGCUGUGUCAUCAGGCGGCAAAGCAACUUUUUACAUUGUACCGCUUCAGGAGACAUUGGAUACUUCUCCUUUUCCUCCUGACUCACAGCACUUCUCAAAAAUGCCUAAGAAGUUGUGUUACCAGUGUAACGAAGUGAUGCCUCUGCAGAUACUUGCAGUGCACAUCAAGACGUGUACAGGAAAACUGUCCUAUGACGAUGAUGAUGAUGAGAUCUGCAGUCCUCUGAUGAUGUAUGUGUUGUGGAGAAAAAGUGUAAGGUGGUUUGCCCACUUUGCACUAAAGAAUUCCCAGAUGAUGAGAUUACAGUCCAUGCUAGCUUAUGUGGAGAGAGCUUUGAAUGUGCUGUGACUUCUGCAUCAAAUGACAACAGCCCAAGUACAGCAGCUCAAACUACAAUAUCCGAACCAAAGAGUGUGGAAGAUGUACUUCUCUUCAUUAAACAACAAGUUGACACCACAACAGAAUUUAAAACUGUGUGUGGACAGAGAAGACCUUCUUGACAGGGGCUUUCUCCAAUGGAAAAGGAAAAAAACUGCAUCUCCUGUCAGUGCUCUGACAGUGGUCUAUAUAGGAGAGGCAGGCAUUGAUACAGGAGCACUUAGAAAAGAUUUCCUGACUGAAAUGAUUUCAGGUAUUGAAAAGAGAGGACCUGGGAACCAGGGUAAAAAUCCCAAGUACUCUUUGACAGAUCUCGACAAUGACAAUUUCAGAACUAUUGGGGAAAUAAUGGCAGUCAGCCUUGCACAAGGGGGUCCACCUCCUGCUUUUUUGAAAGAGUGGUGCUACAACUUCCUCUGCACAGGAGAGGUGGACUGUCAUUCGCUGUCUACGGAGGAUGUGGCCGAUCUAGAAUCCAGUCUACUCAUCAGCAGAGUUCUAAAUUCUGCUGAUGUCCAAUCUCUGAUGAUGUACAGUGAUGACAUCGUCAGCUGUGGAUACACAGGCCAGAUCAAACUGGAAAGCAAAGAAAGCAUAAUUCGAGCAAUUGUCCUACAUUCUACAACAAGAUUGAUUCCAAUGCUGCAGCAAUUAAGAAAGGGCAUGGGACUGUAUGGCCUGGUGGAGCUGAUGGCUACAUAUCCCACAGCUUGUCACUCCUUGUUUGUUCCUGGGAAGAUCACCAAGCCUGAUGCUGAUUUCAUUAUGAUGAACUGCCAGCCACAUUUCAGUGAAAAGGGCACAUCAAAGGAGAGAAAUGAGAGAAAGAUGAUGAAUUUCCUCCAAGAUUUCUUGCAGGAAAUAGAAAUGCAGGAGAUUGACAUGCCAGAUGUUGAGACAGACAGUGCAGAAUGUGAUAAGCAGCCUCUUACGGUGCCACAUGUGCUCCAGUGGAUGACAGGCCAAUCCCACAUUCCUAUCCUCCCUGAUGAAAAGAGACAUUUCAAGAUAACAUGCAACUUUGACCAUGACUGCAGAGAGAGGCUUGGAGACCACUCGGUUUGUUAUCCAAUUGUGAGUGCAUGCACCCAGACUGUGACUUUUCCAAUACAGCAUCUUAGCACUUACAAUGAGUUUAGAAGAAUUAUGAGUGAAGCACUUCGAUAUGGUUUUGGAUUCCACAGAGUUUAACAACUCUACUCAAAUGAAAACAACUGAUUAAUAUGCCAAUUCAGAUGGCCCAUCACUGUUCUAUAUGAAAAUCAGACAAGAGUUUUGUUCAGAAUACCUCAUAGCACAACACUGAGUUUAGAAGAAUCAGGAGUGAAGCAGUUUGAUGGUGGAUUCCAGAGUUUAAUAGCUAUACUCAAGUUAAAACAAGAAUGAUUCAUAUGCAAAUGGAUGUUCUGUAUCUUAUGAAGUUUAUUCAGAUUUGUUGUUUAAUACCUCUUACAGGAUGCUUUGUUUGUAUUGGUUAUCUGUAACUACUUAAUAUGUUGAAGAUAAUGCUCAAAUGUCAUUAACCUUGUGCAAGAAUUGAAUGUACAAGUCACGACCAUGAGACUCAGAAUGGUCCAGAGGGUCAAUAGUUCUCUGAAGUUCCUCCAGAGCUUCGUCAUCUAGUGGGCAUGCAAUUUCGGGGACCACAACUGCUCCAGCAGAAUCCUGUUGCAUUACAGCACUCUCCCAGUCGAUGCCUGGGUCUUGAAGUUCCUACAGGUCCAGAAUAGCACAACUGAGUCAAGUCUGUUCCUAAUACAUUGUUCUACCAAGUAUUUGUUUUACAAAAAUAAACAAGAUGGCUACAUAA